AUGUCGACCGCGGUUGCGCCUGCCCAGGCUGCUCCGCUCACGUCUCCGCGUAUGACCCGCGAUAUCAGUCCGAAAAAUUGCCCAACACUGGCGCCUGCAUCUUCAGGUAACCAGACGAGUACCACGCCGCCGCGCCCAUCCGGUGUCUCUCGGGAUGUGUCGUCGGCCAAAAGCUCGCCUGCAGGAAAGAAACCGACCUCGCCUUCAUCACAGGCCGGAUCCACUGCGAGUCGAGUUAUCGUGAAAAAGGAACCUCCGUCCUCCCCGGCAAUGCAGUCUCAUACUAGACCUCGCCCUCGCAGAUUAGACCUUUCCAGUAGCCUUCCGACCUCGGGGGGCUUGUCCGCGCGGCCUCCUGGCGGCCCUAUGACUGCGAGAGAGGGUGUCAACAUGCAAGAGGUCGGGAUCGCUUGCCUGUCCCCGGGAUUUCAAACACAUGACCCUGUGAUGAGGGAGCAGCUGCAGCGGAGCUUAUCGGUUCGGGAUCAGCAGCGCUCAAUAAUCGAAUCGCGUUUACAGAAGUCCGCCAAGGAUGACGGACCCGAUGGAAUCAAGCCAUCUGAAUCAUUCGGCCUCCCCCGGGUCGGUGCCUCGAAGAGAAGACCCCCGCCUGGCCUAUCCAUCGUGCCUCCUUCCGCAGCCCAAUUUGCCAGUGAACGUGUCAUCCAAUCUGCGCCAUUGAAUCAGACCUUCACGGGCCGUAACGAAGCGCAGCCCUUAACCCGUCAUGUUGUUAACCAAAGCCCGACUUUGGGGUCCACAUCUCACAUCCAUCACCUCCCUGCUACGCAAACAACCAACCGCUUGCCCCCGCUCUCUGACGUCUUUGGAAAUGAGGCGUUGGGCCGCGAUCGCGAGGCAAACCGGGGGCUAUAUUACCCCAGCGCGACAGCUGCAAACCCGCCUCAAUCGAACAAUCUUCCCCCAAUUCCCUCUCCUCGCAUCUCCCGGGAUGCCGCUCAACCACCCAAGCGUCCCAGGGAGUACCGUUCCGCCGAGGAAGCUGUCCAGGAACUGUCAGGUGGGCGCGAGGAGCUUCUGCCGCGCAUUGUACAUUACGGCGGCCACCAACCCCCGACUCCACCAUCUCCCCGGGUGGCUAACGGACCACCAAAGUCUGGAGUGCCUCAUUCGGAUGCUACGCCCAUGGCGAACGCGCACCCCCCGCAGCCGUCAUUGUACCCGUCCGAGGGCACUGCUCGGCGCCGCUCGAGAAACGAGUACGAACAUGAGCACGGCAGCCCGCCCUUGGGCCACGGCCCUGACCCACAUUAUCGCCCUAACCCAGCCUUGGCCUCUGAUGCAAGUGCCACCUAUGGCCCAUUUGGGGCUGGGAGAGACUCGCCCGAGACCCAGCGCAGAAAGAAGGAAGAAUUCCUUAGUCUCUGCGCACGUGCCUGGGACCUAUUCCAUUCUUAA